AUGUCUGAUCGCUCCCGGUCGGCGGCUGAGCAGGAGUCAUCCUUGCCGCAGAAUGCGGACCGGGCUUUGAAUAGCAGGAGUGAGCCUGUUCCUGAACCGGUCUAUCCCCAAUGGCACUAUGUCGCCGUUGUGGCAGCCGGGUUCAUCGUGAUGAUCACGACCUGCGCUUUCGUGUUCUCCUUUGGAGUCUACCAAUCCCUCUAUGAAGAGAUGGCCCGCGAACCGAACACUCCUUUUACCGGAAGCACGACUGCGCUCAUCGACCUGAUCGGCACACUGGCCAUUGCCUUAAUGUCGAUGGCCGGCCCUUUCGCCAUGUCCUGGGCGAAGCUCUUCUCCCCACAAGCCGUGAUCAUCGCCGGCGGCUGGGUAUUCGGCAUCGCCUACAUCCUCGCCAGUUUCAGCAAGGCUCUAUGGCACUUUGCUCUGACACAGGGCUUACUCCUGGGCAUUGGCACCUGCAUGGCCUACGUUCCCACCAUGGCGGUCGCCCCAACCUGGUUCAGCAAACGUCGCGGCCUCGCCAUGGGCAUCAUCAUCUCGGGGACCGGAGUGGGGGGCAUGAUCUGGCCGCCUGCCCUACGGGCCAUGAUCUCCCAUGUGGGCUUCCGCAACGCCCUGCGCAUCUCAGGCUGCAUCUCACUCACUACCGUCACCGCCGCAGGCAGCAUCCUGCGCUGGGAGCCCAAAUUCCACGAACAAGUCAAACUGCAAACAGCCGGAUCAUCCUCCAGCACCUCCCGUUAUCGUCCCAAAUGGAUCCGACUCUUCUCCGUCCCGCUCGUCAACUGGCGUGUAGCCCGCUCCAAACGCUUCACAGCCCAAGCCCUCGGCUGUUUCCUCCAGUCCGCCGGCUACUCGACGCCGCUCUUCUUCUACGCCGCAUACGCCCAAGCCCUGGGCUACAGCGCCACGACAGCAGCCAACUUCAUCACGCUAAGCAACGCAUCAAACUUUGUCUCCCGCAUCAUCAUCGGCUACGCAGCCGAUAAACUCGGCAGGAUUAAUGCCCUCGCGGCCACGACGCUGCUCAGCGCCGUCGCCGUCUUCGCCUUCUGGCUGCCUUCGUCGCUGGUCUCGAGCGCCGCGGCACACGGACUCUUCAUCGUCUUCACGAUCCUGUACGGUGCCUUUGCUAGCGCGUAUAUCUCCCUCUUCCCCGCAUCGCUGGUGGAGCUCUUCGGCGUGCAGCAUUUCACUAGCGUCAAUGGGGCGCUGUAUCUGGUGCGGGGGGUCGGGGCGUUGCUUGGCACGCCGCUGACGGGGCUGUUGAUUCCACGAGGCUCCGCCCUGACAGAGUCGGGGAUAUAUGAGCGGGCUGCUAUUACAGUGGGUGUGUUGUUGUUCGCUGCGACGGUGGCAUGUUUCUGGGUACGAGCUGAAGUACAUGGGAAGUGGCGGGUGUAG